AAAGACAAGUCUUCAAGAGGCGUUCUCCCUCUGUCCAACGCAGCAGCAAAUGUUUCAGUCACAUGCUGUAGAUGAGUUGACCAGAGGAGGAUGGGUUCCCCCCUUGAGCCUGGUUCCUUUCCAGGUUUCUUCACAUCUGCCACAGGGAGUUUUUCCUUGCCACAGUUGCUUUAGGUUUGCUCCUGAGGGAGUUUACGCCUGGGUCUGUACUCUGGUUGCUACUGUGGCAUACUGUAGUACUGAAACAUAUUGUGACAAUUGUUUAUGAAAUUUGCUAUAUAAAUACAUUUUGAUUGAUUAUUGAGCUGUUCUAAAGCCCAGCUCUCUCCAUUAGCUUGAUAAGUGAUGAUACUAUGAUAUUACAAUGAGUAAUGCAUUGUGGACUCAAACUCUGGAUUUGUGUUUCAAUAAUGUUUGUAGGGGAGGGUGUGUGCUUGAGAUUAGCUGGGGAAUGAGAUUCCAUUUGGAUUAACACACAUGAGAGAGAACUGACAGAACCUGAGGAACAGGGCUGGUGUAAAACUGCUGGCAGAUCAGCCAAUCAAACCUCAGUGGUAUAAUGCUGCUCCCUGCAAGAAGUGCUGUUUGAUAAUCAGGUGUGUCUAACAGGAAGAGCGAAGUACAAUUUCUCACUGGUGGACGCUUAAGUUACAACAGGGACGUAUUUAAUAUGAUUCUAACGUAUGUUUUCCAGAAAUGAAUGAAUUUCAGAAAAAAAUGUAUUUGGAGGGAAAAACAAGUGAGAAGUGAAACCAAGAAAAACAGAAAUUUGAGAGGAGGUUUAAAGAGGCUUUUUUACCUGCCGUUUGAGUAACAGCAGUGAGUGAAACUUAAGCUACUGGAUUUAGCAGAAAUCCUUACUGAGCUCAGAACAGACACAGACAGAAUGGCGUCUGGAUCGUCUCCCCUGGAAGAAGAGCUCUCCUGUCCUGUGUGCUCUGAAAUCUUCAGGGAUCCUGUUGUCCUGAGUUGCAGUCACACCUUCUGUAAGGCCUGUCUGCAGCAGUACUGGGAACAGAAGGGAUCUCAAGAUUGCCCAGUGUGCAGGAGAAGAUCUUGGUCGGAACAUCCUUCCUGUAACUUGUCUCUGAGGAAUGCCUGUGAGGCGUUCUUAAAGGAGAGAAGUCAGAGAGCUAAAGCAGGAUCUGAAGUGCUCUGCAGUCUGCACAGUGAGAAACUCAAACUCUUCUGUUUGGUGGAUCAAAUACCCGUCUGUGUUAUCUGCCAAACUUCAAAAAACCAUGAAAACCACAAAAUGCGACCAGUUCAGGAGGCUGCAGAAGAGUACAAGGAGAAACUCAGGACUGCACUGGCUCCACUGCAGGAGAAGCUAAAAGCCUUUAAUGCAGUGAAACUAAUCUGUGGUCAAACUGCAGAGCACAUCAAGAGCCAGGCCCAGCACACAGAGAGACAGAUAAAGAUGGAGUUUGAGAAACUUCAGCAGUUCCUAAAAGAUGAAGAGGCAGCCAGGAUCACUGCACUGAGGGAGGAAGAGAUGCAGAAGAGUCUGAUGAUGAAGGAGAAGAUUGAGAAGAUGACAGAAGAGAUAUCAUCACUUUCAGAACAAAUCAGAGCCAUAGAACAGGAGCUGGGAGGUGAAGACGUCUCAUUCCUGCAGAGUUACAAAGAUGUGGAGGAACGAGCCCAGUGCACACUGGCGGAUCCAGAGAAGGUCUCAGGAGCGCUGAUUGAUGUGGCCAAGCACCUGGGCAAUCUGAAGUACAGAGUGUGGGAGAAGAUGCUGGGGACUGUUCAAUACACUCCUGUGACUCUGGACCCAAACACAGCACAUCCCAUCCUCUCACUGUCUGAGGAUCUGACCAGGGUGAGACGCAGUGGUGAGAGUCAAAAGGUUCCUGAUAAUCCAGAGAGAUUUGAUACGGGGUGGUGUGUGCUGGGCUCUGAGGGAUUCAGCUCAGGGAGACACUGCUGGGAUGUAGAAGUGGGGAAUGAAGAUUACUGGGUGGUGGGUGUGGCUGAGGAUUCCCUAAAUAGGGAAGGGGCUGUGUAUCUGUGCCCAGGAGGAGGAGUGUGGAGUAUAGAGCAGGACAGUGGGAAAUACGCUGUCCUGACCUUCCCACCUAAAGUCCUCACUGUGCAGAGGAGACUCCAGAGGGUCAGAGUGCAGCUGGACUGGGACAGGGGGGAGGUGUCAUUCUCUGACCCCAGUAACAACACUCCUCUCUACACUUUUAAACACUCCUUCACUGAGAAAGUGUUUCCAUUCUUCCGUCCUGAUUCUCUGCAGAUCUGUCCACUGAAGGUGUCUGUAAGUGUGUGUGAUGAGGAGAAACUCAGGACUGCACUGGCUCCACUGCAGGAGAAGCUAAAAGCCUUUAAUGCAGUGAAACUAAUCUGUGAUCAAACAGCAGAGCACAUCAAGAGCCAGGCCCAGCACACAGAGAGACAGAUAAAGAUGGAGUUUGAGAAACUUCAGCAGUUCCUAAAAGAUGAAGAGGCAGCCAGGAUCACUGCACUGAGGGAGGAGGAGGAGCGGAAGAGUCAGAUGAUGAAGGAGAAGAUUGAGAAGAUGACAGAAGAGAUAUCAUCCCUUUCAGAACAAAUCAGAGCCAUAGAACAGGAGCUGGGAGCUGAAGACGUCUCAUUCCUGCAGAGCUACAAAGAUGUGGAGAAACGAGCCCAGUGCACACUGGCGGAUCCAGAGAAGGUCUCAGGAGCGCUGAUUGAUGUGGCCAAGCACCUGGGCAAUCUGAAGUACAGAGUGUGGGAGAAGAUUUUGGGGACUGUUCAAUACACUCCUGUGACUCUGGACCCAAACACAGCACAUCCCCUCCUCUCACUGUCUGAGGAUCUGACCUGUGUGAGACGCUGUGGUGAGAGUCAGCAGGUUCCUGAUAAUCCAGAGAGAUUUGAUUGGUGGCGGUCUGUGCUGGGCUCUGAGGGAUUCAGCUCAGGGAGACACUGCUGGGAUGUAGAAGUGGGAAAUGGAGGUAGCUGGGAGGUAGGUGUGGCUAAAGAGUCCAUCAGCAGGAAAGGGGCUGUGGGUCUGUACCCAGCAGGAGGAGUGUGGGGUUUACGGCAGCACUUUGGGGAAUACGCAGCCCGGACCUCCCCACCUACAGCCCUCACUGUGCGGAGGAAACCCCAGAGGGUCAGAGUGCAGCUGGACUGGGACAGGGGGGAGGUGUCAUUCUCUGACCCCAGUGACAACACUCCUCUCUACACUUUUAAACACUCCUUCACUGAGAGAGUGUUUCCAUUCUUCUGGCCUGGUUCUCUGCAGAUCUGUCCACUGAAGGUGUCUGUAAGAGUGGAAUAGUGCUGUGGUUUGUGGGCAAGGAUCAGGUGAACAGACUGCUUCUUUCACUUUGACAAGAUUAAUGAGUAUAUUUGCAGAUAAUAUCUUUUACAAUAUUUUAUUGAAUCAUUUACAAAACAUAGAUCCAGUUCUGCAGCAGUUCAUGAUGAAUGUAACUUUGAAAUCUCAUGAUGUUGCAGUAAAAAUCAGGUUAAAAGAACUGCAUUCCAUCACAUCUGAGCAGGAUUCAUUAAAAUAUUUGCUGGUCAAACAGCAUCAACAAAAUAUUAUUUUAUUUGAAACGUUCUGUAGUGUUUCCAUGAGAAGUGUCUAAUUUCUUUUCACAUAACUUCCUGAUGUUAUCACUGAGUAAUAACUGUGCUAUACGGUGGUAGUGUAAGUAUCUGGGUUUGUGUGUAAUCAGUUGUGGUGUAAUAAAUAUAUCAGUGGAAUCA